AUGUGUACGACUUUGAAUGCUAAAAGUUGUCUCUACAUUCAAAUACAAGUCAAAGAAAUGAGAAUUACUACAGUUUGGAGUUAUAGUGUUUGGCUUUCAUCUAUUUUCAGCAAACCCUUUCAUGUUAUUACAACAUUGAAAGUUUAUUUUGACCUUUCCAAAACGAUGCCUGAAGUGCCAAGUAGAAGCAAAUCCAAUGAAUCAAACAUUUUCCUCUUUUCAUCAGAAAUCAAUAUUCAAUUCUAUCAUCAUCAUGCAAAUAUGUAA